AUGCGGUUUGGAUUGGAAAUUCGCCACCAGGACGGCACGAGGGCGGCAGCAGGGCGGCGAAGGGGCGGCACGAGGUGGAGUGUUGCUGCUGCCGUGGGUGCUCUGCGGAUUCUUUCUUCUCUCACUCUCCCCGCCCUCACCCUCCCACCUCAGGCUCCUCCCGCUCUCCUCCCUGCCCUCCCCUCCCUGCCCCUCCCCCCUCUCCCCACCGCCAGACCGCAGUCUAGGAGGCUACGUCCCUCUCCUCAGCACGGAUCCCGCCAAGCUGCCGAAUCUCAACACCACCGCAGUCUGGGCUACAUCCCCCCCCCCAGCAGGGAUCUCGCCCAGCUGCCCAAUCUCAACACCGUCUCGCGCUACCUCACCGUGGGUCUCACGCUCGAAGCCACCACCCAGAAGCUCACGUGGGACUUCAAGCGCAGUGUGGACCACAGCUCGCUGUUUGAGACUGACGGAAAUUUCGACCAGGGCAACUGCGGUUCCUGCUGGGCCUAUGCAGCAGCCAGAGCAAUCCAGGCCGCGUAUGCUCUCGUCGCGGACCCGGACUCCUUCCCCAGCGGGAUGAGGCUGUCCGUGCAGCAGCUGGUGGACUGCACUGGCGCUGCUGCUGCUGCACCUGCUGCUCCCUCCUCAAACAACUCACAAUACCCCCGCCUCCCCUCUGCUCGCCUCCCUGCCCUCCCAGGUUCCUGCUGGGCCUAUGCAACAGCCAGGGCAUUUCAGGCCCGGGCGGCGUAUGCUCUAGUCGCGGAACCGGACUCCUUCCCCGGUGGAACAAGGCUGUCCGUGCAGCAGCUGGUGGACUGCACUGGCGCUGCUGCCUCUCCAAACGCAAUAACAACCCCGCCUCCCUUCCCCUCCGCCCUCCCCCCAUUGCAGGAGUUGUGGAAAAUCUCGAUGUACGAGCAGGUGCUUCUACCAGGACCGCUGGGGCUGGCGGCUGGGCCCAAGUACAACAUCAGCAUGUAUGAGCAGGUGCCACUGCCGGGGCCGCUGGGGCUCAUUCUCGCGCUGCAGAAUCAGCCUGUUAUCGUCACCAUCCGCGCCUCCUCCCAAGACUUUAUUGACUACUCGGGUGGCAUAUACGAGGGCGUAUGCUGCUACAGCCCGCUGGGGACGGUAAUGGAUAGCGGAGGAAGAGGAGAAGGAGGCGAUGGGUACGGAGCGACGGCCACAGCCACCAACAACACGGCCCUUCUGGACCACGUGAUGCUGGCCGUGGGGUACAACUAUGAUGCGCCGGGCAGCUGGGAGAAUUACUUCAUUCUGAAGAACAGCUGGGGGCCGCAGUGGGGCGAGGGCGGGUACAUGAAGAUUCGAAUGGAGAAUGGGCCGUUCGGCACGUGCGGCAUGCUGGUGAAUCGCGGGCUCUACCCCAUUGUGAAUGGUGAGGCGCGUUCUGAAAGUGCCUCAGCAGCGAGAACCUCGUCGCACUCACUCCCUCCACUCUGCUCUCAUUCCCCUUCUCCCCUCCCAACAGUCAAUGUGUGCAGCAUUCUACCCAACAAUCCAUGUGCCGUGGGGCAGUGCAUCAACAGCGGCGUUGGCGGCUACUCUUGCCUCUGCCCGCCCAACUACAAGCCCAGCCUGCUCGCCUCCGGCCAGACCACCUGCGUGCCUGGUGAGGCUAGGAGUGUCUAUUCGUGCCUUUGGUGUGGUGGUGGGGUGGGAAUGGUGUCUAUCCGUGCCUCUGCCCGCCCAAAUACAAGCCCAGCGCGCUCGCCUCUGGCCAGACCACCUGCGUGCCUGGUGAGCGACAGAUGUCUCCUACUCGUGCCUCUGCCCGCCCAACUAACUAAGAGGCCAGCCUUCUCGCCUCUGCUCGCCUUUGGCCAGAUCACCUGUGUGCCUGAUAUGUCAACGAGCAGUGCAGCAGCAGUCCAGAGGGCGUACACAGUGCAGGGGGGGGAGACGUGUGGUGCCAUCUACGGCUUCAUCGGCCUCACCCAGGAGCAGUUCCUCCUGCAGAACGAGGAUGUGGACUGUGACGAUCUCAAGGCGGGGCAGGUUCUGAACACCUCCAUUCCUGCCUCGGCUCAAGUGUGCCGCGUGCGCUACUCUGUCACCCAGGCGGAUGCAGCAGCAAAGACCUGUGAUCUCAUCAACGAUCGCUUUGGCAUCGACGUCACGACCAUCAACCCCAGCCUUGACUGCUCAAGCCUCGUGCCCAAUCAGCAGAUCUGCAUUCAGGUGGGGGACGCAGUGUCAGGAGUAGCGGACUACAACCUGUGCACGAGCUACCUGCCUGUCAACGAGUGGAUCACGUGUGCCGACCCUGUCGACUCGUACGGCCUCUCCUGGCUCGACCUCUACCGCCUCAACCCAGGCCUCAACUGCGACACGCUCUCCUCGCUCACAGGCUCCGAGGGUGGCGCAAGGGGGGGUGGCCAUGGGGAAGCGAAUAGAGGGCUUGUGGCGCUAGGGAGGGCGCAAGGGGGGGUCCUGGCAUCCACUGCGGCACCCUCACAGCACAAAGGGGGAAGUGGUGGGGUGGGGGUGGGGGGAACUGGCACUUGCACCGGCACGCCGUUGGGAGCGGUGGCGUGCGGUAAGGCGCGGUCGAAGACGGUGGCGAACCGGCGGUACACGGUGGGGGCGGGGGACAGCUGUGCGUCGCUGGUGGUGGUGCAGUUCCAGCGCCAGCCGCCGCUCGUGGGCCAGCUCAACCGCAACUGGAUGUGCCGCUCCCUGAGCCUCUUCGCUGGCAUGCCCCUCUGCAUCCCCUCUUAG